AGGUUAUAAAUAUCGAUGAAAUUCCCGAAGAAUCUCGUUUCAAAGAGACUAAAAAUCCUUCUCCUUUACCUGUUUCGUUCAUUCGUGAUAAUGAAUCCAUGCAAGUCACUGCCGUUGCAGUGCUCCGCGCUGUAAAACCAACACAGUGGCUAUUGGAAUAAUUGGACUGAAUUCUUCGUGGAUUCUUCUUUAGUGCUUCCAAAAGAGAAUAAUUGUUCUUGUGGGGGUAUUUCUAAAUUCGUUUUGAUUUCCAAACCAACAAGGAGUUUUUGUUUCUGUACAUUAGCAUUGAACAAUUAACAAGGACAAAAUGAUGAAAUUGCUACGAAUUUUACUUCUUCUUCUCUUUCUUAGCUUCGAAAGUACACUUAGAAGCAAUGCAGAAGUCACUCAGGAAGGAGAGCGAUUCAGGGUGAAACUGAAGGAGGAGUUCGACAACCGCCCUGUGAGCGAGCUAGUGUUCGUGCUUGACUCAUCAGGAAGCGUCAGUGAAAGUGACUUCUAUGUUGCCGUCGACUUCGUCAAAAUCGCGUCUACGCUUAUAAGUGUGUCAGAGAGUACGACUCGCGUCGCAGUCAUCUCGUAUUCGGGCUGCGGUCAGAUAUAUACUCGUGUUGACUACAUCAGUUUGUCUGUAAACAAAAACAAAUGCACGUUUGGUCGAGAUUUGGAAAGCGUUGUGUACGAUGCUGGCGGGACGUGUACUGCAGGAGCUCUACAGCGUGGCCGUGAGGUCCUCGCCAAUGCGCGUCCUGGUGCCCAUAAAGUUCUGAUGCUUUUAACUGACGGUUCAUCUAAUGAUGGUGGUUCUCCUACUCCCAACGCCAAUCUUCUUAAAGGUGACAAUGUUCUUAUAUUCACAAUCGGCAUUGGUAAUAUCAAUCUAGCUGAGCUGAACUCUGUCGCAACCAAUGAGAAUGAGUACGUGUACAUCCUAGCCGACUUUGGAGAUAUUACGAAGCUAGGGGCGGUGACGAAGCAAGACAUCAAGGAUUUCGAUGCAUACUUCGACAUAGUGCAAGAUGCCCAAUGUGACCGUCCGUGUGACGACCGUGCUGUGUGCGCGUGCGCUACCCGUAGCGGUUCAACUGGCUGCGCAUGUGAAGCUGGCUUCACGGGGGAUGAAAAUUCGUGCCAAGAAUGUCCCAUUGGAACAUACAAGACAGGCUACGGGAACGGCCCUUGCGAUGACUGUCCUAUGCAUUCUACGACUACAUCUACGAGGAGUCAUAGUAGAUCGGACUGUCAUUGUGACUAUGGGUAUGAGGGCAACCCAGGCGAAGUUGGAGGCACCUGCGAAUUGAUACGAUGUCCAGAUUUGAAUAAUGCAAACGGAAAUGGUGUGAUCAUGGAUGAGUGCGAUGUGACAUUUUAUUCGACCUGCCAGUUUCAAUGUCGAGAUGAGUACCGACCAAUAGCAGGCGACCAACAGAUCACGUGCUUUGCAUCAAAAGAAUGGUCGGGAACACCACUACAGUGCGAAAAAAUCACAUGCCCUCCGCUGCCUGACCCAAACAACGCCAUUCGUACCUGCACCACCGCUGACCGCAGCAUCGGUACCGCUUGUGAGCUGCAAUGCGAACCGGGGUAUGAAUUCAAACAGGAUGCGGUAACCGAAGUCACAUGUCAGAGGGAUAGUGAAACUACCGCCCAGUGGUCUGCCGAUGAUACCGAACCGGACCCGUGCAAAAAGGUAUCUUGUCCUCCCUUAUCUGUCGUCAACCCUUUGCGUAUGCAGCCAGCUGGCAUCUGCUUGGAGAUCCCCAGAUUCGGCCAGAGGUGUACCUACGAUUGUAAGCCUGGUUAUCAAGCUGAAGGAACCAUUGAUACUGUCACCUGUCAGGCUGAUGGGACUUGGGACCCUCCUGCUGCCAACGUAAGAUGUCGAGAUAACACACCCCCCGUUUUAAUCUGUCCCGAUGACAUUAGCAACCCAACAGACCCCUUCAUGUCAACUUGCCAAAUCAAUUGGGAACUGCCUGAAGCCACUGAUAAUACCGGUGUCCCUGUCAAACUCAGAUCAACACACUCGCCUCCGUAUCGGUUUGACAUCGGUACUACAACGGUGAUGUACUCUGGUACCGACUUGGAGGGGAACAUGGCGAACUGCAGUUUCACUAUCACGGUCAGAGACGGGGAACCUCCAAGAACCGGGAACUGCAACGGCGAAUUCAACGCCUUUGAGCCAGGUCUGGAUCCAUCUGGAGGCCUUCACAUCGACGAUGAGGAUUGGAAUACGAGCGAUUUUGACGAUAACUCUGGGUCCGUAUCUGUAGAUAUACUCGGUGUCCCACCGGGGUCCAAUUUUCCUCUGGGAGAGUCAGAAGUUGUUGCCAGAGCAACGGAUUCGUCUGGAAACUCACAAGACUGUAACACGACUAUCAUAGUGUCUAAUUACAUCUGUCCGUUCUACCCCCCGCCACUGAAUGGUGCGUUGGCUUGCGCUGACGUAGCAGGCGAGCAACUCUGCAGGGUGUCUUGUAAGACGAGGUUCCACUUCACUGGAGAGGUGGAAAAUCUCUAUGCUUGUGUUGAAGAUGCGAAUGGUGAACACUUCUGGAGUCUACCGGAUGGCAGUAACACGCGAUUGGAAAUGCCCUGGCCAGACUGCGCACGCCCACGUCCUGCCAAUGGUGUCCUCAUCAGAACAGGAUUUCGCUUCACAGGACCUUGCCUUGACAGUGAUGCACAGAACCAGACAAGGAUGAACUUCAUAUCGGCUUUCGAGCAUCUAAGAGACAAAGGAGCUCUAGGUCCGUGUUCCCAACCAAGCGUCCAGUGUACGUUUGCUGAUGUCGUUCUACAGUGUGGACAGACCCAACGACGAAACAAACGACAGGCAAUAGAUGGACGCGGUGGGACAGACGUUGUCGAGAUAACGUUCACAUUGCGUCUGGAGAUGAUGGAAACCGUUGGGCCAGAUUUCAAUAUUUUGGAAUACAUCGAAGCAGCUACUAACUCCGCACAAGACAGUAUUGCCAGUGGUAACGUGACAUUACGCGUGGGUGGAGUCGACUUGGUUCUGAGCGAUGUUCCUUUUCUCCCACCGGAAUAUUCAGUCAUAUGUGAGACAGGCCAUGUUCCGUCAUCAAACGGAAGCUGUGUUCCUUGUGCCCCUGGAACUUUCGAGAACAUGGGUGUUUGUGAGAGAUGCCCGGUAGGAACCUUCCAAGACCAAUACGGCAAUACCACCUGCCGGAACUGCCCUGCGGACACAUCUACUGCCAACCCUGGAGCCAAAUCUGCCUUCAAAUGCAAAUCUCGUUGUCGGCCAGGAACCUAUUCCAUGAGUGGUCUUGAGUCGUGUAGCGCGUGUCCGAUUGGUACCUACGAGCCUGACCGUGGUUCAACAGAGUGUAACGCAUGUCCUGAUGGGUUGACAACAUGGACGAAUGGCAACACUGACGUCGAGUACUGUACAAAUAUUUGUCCUCGAGGUACAUUUUCCCCGACAGGGUUUGCUCCUUGCCAAGAUUGUCCUAAGGGAACGUACCAACCGCUAGCUCGUCAGACCUCGUGUACGCCGUGUCCUGGGGAUAAGUACACCCACCGUGAGAGGGCGCAUGCCAUACAGUAUUGUCAGAUUAUCAACGAAUGUGAGUCGAAUCCCUGUGCGGAUGGAGCAACUUGUAUGGACAUCACACGUGGCUACGAGUGCGUCUGCCCUCCCGGUUUUACGGGCGAUAACUGCGAAUUGGACAUCGACGAGUGCUACGGGAAUGACGUCUGCCUGAACAACGGUACCUGCAUCAACCUAGUCAAUGCCUACAUUUGCGAGUGUGCAAAUGGUUUCAUGGGGGAGAACUGCCACAUUAACAUAAAUGAUUGUCUUGAUGCUGACUGCCGUUAUGGCUCCACUUGUGUAGAUGGGAUAGCUUCUUACACCUGCGCAUGCGCCGAAGGUUUUGCGGGAGAACACUGCGAGAUUAACCUUUAUGACUGCGCUUCGGAUCCGUGCCAAAAUAGAGGAUCUUGCAUCGAUCUCAAGUCUAACUUCAGCUGCUGCUGCGCUCCUGGCUACACGGGACGGUUGUGCGAGCUGACCAGUGACCACUGCCGAUCCUCCCCGUGCCAUGGAGACGCAACCUGUACAACGUCCAGGAACAGUUACACCUGCACUUGUCCUCCAGGGUUCCGGGGACGGGAUUGUGAGAUCAACAUUGAUGAAUGCCAAGAACUAGGCAUCACUUGUCAAAAUGGAGGGACCUGUGAGGAUGCUAUCGAUGGCUACAAUUGUAUCUGUCCUCUUGGCUUCAAUGGACGCCAUUGCCAAACAGAACUGCCGAAAGACUACGACCUGUCUUUCCCAGCCGCACGAACGGCUGACAGGGUUGCUUUAGAGGGGGUAUUACCCGACCUCUAUGAAUUCACCCUAGCUUUCUGGAUGAAGACUUCUGAUCAAGAUAACUUUGGAACUCCCAUCUCAUAUGCGACCAGAGGGCCAAAUGGCGCCAGCGACAUGGAUAACACCAUAACACUUUUAGACUACAAUAGCUUUGUUUUCUUCGUGAAUGGUCAGUCGGCGUUUACGUACCAGCAGGCUAACAGCGACGCCAACUGGCACUUCAUCGCAGUAACUUGGACCAGUGAAACUGGGGCCUGGGCGUACUAUCGGGACGGUUCAGAAGCAGCAUCGGGAACGGGUCUAUCUACUGGUACCUUUGUGAAAGGAAGAGGAAUAUUUAUUCUAGGCCAAGAUCAAGACACCUACAACGGUUCAUACGUCGCCAAGGAAACAUUCAUUGGGAGUUUAUCACAAGUUAAUAUAUGGGACUAUGCAAUGACGGGAGAGGAGAUACGGUUGCUGAGAACCUGCUGCUCUCAGUCUGGUAACGCACUAUCUUGGGCCCAGCUGUCGACUGGUCUACGAGGAGCUCUGCGAAGAAGUGAUAGGUCGGAGAUCUGCAAUGUUGGAUCAUGUGGACAUCGAGGUGAUUGUCGUGGUCAGCAAUGCCAACAAGGGGGAGAAUGUACCAUUCAAAAUGGACAACCAAUCUGUCAGUGCCCUGACGGUUUCACUGGACGACGUUGCCAAUUUGAUAUCAACGAGUGUUCGGUUAACAAUGGAGGGUGUACUCAUCAAUGUCAGAACACCAUCGGAUCAUUUGUUUGCUCUUGUCGUCAAGGUUACGCCCUUCAACCCGAUCAGAAAACUUGUAACUCUGUAAGCUUCUGCAAACACUAUGGAAAAUUUCAUUCAGCUGAGGACACAUGGGAAGAAGACUGUAGCCAAUGUUCUUGCCAAAAUGGAAGAUCUGAGUGUGUACCGAAACAAUGUCCUAGAGUACUCUGCCAAGAGAUGGAAACAGAGGUCAUUUUGCCUGGUGACUGCUGCCCCAUCUGUUUGCCAGAGAUGAAAACAUGUUUCAUGAGCAACAGUGGCAACUACGAAACAUUUGAUCAAUACAUAUUUGACCAGCACGGGGAAUGCCGAUACUUACUCACCCGAGACUACAGCGGUACUUCCAAUUUCGAAGUCCACGUGGAGCACCAAUUCAUCAACACCGAUCAAACUCGGCUCGGCAUAGCCGUUUUCGUGUACAUCGACUGUGUCGAAGUCAAGAUCAACUCCAGUGGCGAGGUGUUCGUUCAAGACGAAGUCGUCCCGCUACCGUACGCGCACCGCAAGCCGGCGAACGUUCGCAUUGCGCACGUCCGGGACGGAGAUAUCGAGGUUUUCUCAAACAAGGGAUUGACCGUGACGUGGUCGCAGUCUGAUGGGGUCCGCCUGGAUCUGACCGUGACGCAUAGGUCUGGCAUCCAAGGAUUGUGCGGGAAUAUGAAUGGGAACAAGAAAGAUGAUAAGAUGACGAGGCAAGGUAUCUCAACAUCCAAGAACAAGGAAUUGCUCCACAGCUGGAAAGUUGAAGGAUACAAGUACUGCAAGCAAAGGAACACCCGUCCUUUGACUUUCGGCUAUCUGAAAAUUGGAAGCUGUUCCUCGGUCAGCUACAAAGACUUUGGCCAUGCGUUUAAGAAAUGCCGCGUUCUCCUCAAGAAAGCCUUCAAGGACUGCAACAAGGUGGUGGAUCCGAAGCCAUACAUCACUAAUUGCAUUGAGGAUGCCUGUACGUGUGGCGUUCGUCAGCCGUGCCAUUGCGAGGCUGUUUCAUCUUACCAUAACGAGUGCCUUCGCCAGAUUGGUCAGGAGAUUCGAGGCUGGAGAAAGUUAUCUAAUUGUGCAUUAGAAUGUCCUCCCUCGAUGAUAUAUGACGAAUGCGGCCCGCCGUGCCAACCUACCUGUUCAGACCCCGAUGGACAACGGUGCGCGGCCCCCACGACCUCCUGCGUGGCUGGGUGCCAGUGCUUGGCGGGCCAGGUGCUGCUUAAUGGCGUCUGCAUCAGUAGAAGACAGUGCUGAAGGUCACACACCUGAAGUUAUACAUAUUAAAAAAAAGUUCCCAGCUAAUUAUAUAUAAUUAUGAUAUAAAUAUUUCACGGUGUUAUGUUACUUCCACUCGAAUCCGGCGAGAAGCCUCAGAAUAUAGUUAUUAAAUUAUUAAGAAGAAAGAUUGGAGAACAGAAAUGUCUUAAGGCCAACGCACACGUCUGUUCGUGAUCCGAUUUAGGAAUAGAUCGCAUUUUGCUUAUUUUCUGAAAUUGUGAAUGGAAAAUAUCAUUCUAUUUGAGGUUAAUUAAAAUUGAUUGAAAGAACAUUAAUAUAACCAUUAUGAAAGAUUGCAAGUCUUUAUUUUGGAGUAAAGGCCGAAUUGAAUUCAAAUCGUAGCCAAUCGUACAACUGCUAUGACGCCAUUACUUUAUUCCGCUUUUAUUCUAAGAAGGAUGACAGCAUAGUCACAUAUUUGAACACAGGUAUUUGUACGAUGAUUUAGAACAUUGAUUACACAGUAAGAUAUUCCAUGUUUCAAUAAAAGCAUCACAUUCUACCACGUUGCAUUCCAAAAUCGGAUCUCAUGCGAUCAUAUUUCAGAGGGUGUCUACCACUAUAUUAUAUACAAAAAAUAGUAAUGUAUCUCUAUGGUAUCUACUUACAUGUAUAAUGUAGCACUGAUUCGUUGGUACGAAUUAAUAGUAAUUAUCCACCACUGAUCUAUUCACUAUACACGAUGAUAUUAUUCAGAUCAGUGUUAUCCACUCUCUAGAUAAAUCUCAGUUCUUAUGCGUCUACUUCUUAAUUGUGUGGUGCUAACUGAAAAUAAUGUAAUAAUCGGUAUCAUGUACACGUACAUUUAUAUUCUCUAUCCAAAGUAUUACUCAGAAAGUAUCUGCAAUGAUUGUACGUGUUUUAUUGAUAUAUGCCUAUACAAUGUUAUGUUUAAUAUUGUUCAAUUUGAUCUCAGAAAAUAGACAUAUGUUGUAGAUGUUGUAUUUGAAGAAGAUUUAAGAUAAUGCUUUAACUACAAAAAAUGUAUAUUCCAACAGAAUUUACAUUGUGAAUAUUUCUAUUCGUAUUGUUUCAUUAGAUUAUUCCAUUUUUCUGAUUACAACCUGUUGUAAUUGUAUCGUGGGGGUAGAUGUCCCUUUUUAGUGUAAAAUAUUCUCUAUCCAACCAGAAUUAAAUCGUCAACAAUAUUCACACCACAAUGGAUAUUAAGGCAUGUAAUUAGAUCUUCGUAUAUACUUUACUUAUAUAAAUACUUUAUGAAUACCAUAGCAUUACGACACACAGCCCCAAUGACAGAAAGAACACAGUAAGGCAAGUAUUGAUCACAGUGUGUUCACAGUUUGUUCAUAAUGUGUUCUUUAUGUUUUCAUAAUGUGUUCAUGGUGUGUUCACUGCAGUUUGUUCUCAGUAUGUCCACAGUUUGUUCAUAUUGUGUUCACAGUGUGUUCACAAUUUGUUCAUAGCGUGUUUAAAGUAUGUUCACAGUGAGUUAGUAUAUGUUCACAACAUGUUAACAGUGUAUUCACAAUGCGUUCACAGUAAGUUCGCUGUGUGUUCACAGUGUGUUCAUAAUGCUUCUUUGGCAUAGUAUAUUCAAAGUAUCUCCACAGUAUGUCCUCAGUAUAUUCCCAAUAUGUUCAUAUUUCGUUCUCAUUAUGUUUACAGUGGCUUCAUAUGUAAGUUCAUAGUGUGUUCCCAAUGUGUUCAUGGUGUAUUCUAUGUCAAGAUGUCAUUCACACUGUUGGUUGAAUUGCCCGAACUGAAUUUAACAGUGUGAAAAGAAUCCCAUGCUUCGUUACACAUAUUUAAAACAUGCACUUUGGAUAUACUGUGUGAGGUGAAGGACUUUCCUACACAACCCUGUAUGUGGAUAAUCCUGGCCCAUUAUAGAAAAAGGCAUAAUUAUAAAAGUUAUUGAAAUUCAGUUUGUAUUUUUAUAUGUUUUAUUAUUGUUUUAUUUUUUCUGCUCUUUACACAUCUAUCAGCAUUAGUUUCUGUUUCCAUAAUGCCAGCGGACUUUGAAAUGGUACAAGAAUCUGUUGGCUAUUAAUCGAUCCCAAUGAUUUCUUCUUCAUAAUUAUCAAAUAAUCGUCCAAAGUGGACCGUCCUAAUUCAUCUUCCAUUAUAUGGGAGUUUGUGUGUCAUUAUACUCAAGUCAUGAUUAAUGAGUAAUAACGGUACAGCACUCAAAAUCAUUUAAUUUGUACCGUGGCCUUGCCGACAAACGAUCAAAAGUCCCAAGGGAAAAAGAUGCAGAACAAUUUUAUGUACGAUAUUUUUAUGUAAGACACCGAUGAUCCAUGUAUCAAUUUAUUCAAGAUAACGGAUGUUUUGUAAAUUUUGAUUGUUUUCCUAUGACAAUGGCGGUCUUUUGCAUUCCUUUAAAUCAUCAUGAAAUACAGAAUACAUUUUAUUAUGUAUUUUCAUUGCUUAUAUUACGAUAAUUGCAUUAUUGAUAAUUUUGUUAUAUGUACCAUUGUAUGAGUUUGUUUUAUACACGUCUCUAAUGUGAAUGAAGAAAUAAGAUCAAUCUAAAAUAGUCAUAUAUUUGCAUGAUACUAAACCCUUACUAAAUUCAUAUAUCUAUUCAAUAUUUGAAGUUAUGUGCCAUAUAAAAAUGCCUGCAGCUUAUACAGUUUUGUACUGACAAUUUGUAAAUAAAUAAACAUUUUUUUAA